GUCUUCUUCUCCGCCGCGUGACAGGCAGUGGCUGGUCAAGACUCGACUGCCGCUGAGCACCUACUAAACCACCGUCCACGUCGCUCCACUGCACCCAUCCCGCUCUCUUCGUCAUGUCUCUCCCAUAUGCGCCACGUGCCGCCUACUACGACGGCAAGAUCCAACCCGCCUCGUCUUCGUCUACCUUCGACACAAUUGAUCCCGCAACCGCCCAGUCUCUUGCAACCGUCCACGCAACCACAGCGGCUGGCGUCGAUGCUGCCGUAGCCUCUGCGCAAAAGGCCUUCCCCGCCUGGUCGGCCACGCCCCCCAUAGAGCGCGCUCGCAUUCUGCAGCGAGCCGUGGCCCUGCUUCGCGCCCGCAACGACGAACUGGCCAAGAUCGAGACGAGCGACACGGGCAAGCCCUUUUCCGAGACGUCGACGGUCGACAUAGCCACGGGCGCCGAUGUCCUCGAGUUCUACGCCAACCUCGUCGGAGGCGGCGGCAUGAACGGCGAGACAACAAUGCUACGCCCGGAUGCAUGGGUCUACACAAGCAAGAACUCGCUGGGCGUGUGCGCGGGCAUCGGCGCAUGGAACUACCCCAUCCAGAUUGCGCUCUGGAAGUCCGCACCCUGCCUGGCCGCCGGAAACUGCAUGGUCUACAAGCCAUCCGAGUUCACGCCUCUGCACUCGACGGUGCUAGCAGAGAUUUACGCAGAGGCCGGAGUGCCCUCGGGCGUUUUCAACGUCGUCCAGGGCGCUGGUGACGUAGGUGGAUACCUCACCAAGCACCCUGGCAUUGCCAAGGUCAGCUUUACCGGCCAGGUAGCGACCGGCAAAAAAGUCGCGGGUAGUGCCGCCAACGAGAUGAAAUACGUGACCAUGGAGCUCGGCGGAAAGUCUGCAUUCAUCGUUCUCCCAGACGCCGAUGUCGACCAAGCAGCCGAUGGCGCCAUACUGGCCAACUUUUUUUCCACCGGACAAGUCUGCACCAACGGCACGCGUGUCUUUGUUCCCGAGAGCCUAAAGGCCGAGUUUGAGAAGCGUGUGCUGGACAAGAUGCAGUACAUUCGCUCGGGCGACCUGCACAAUCUCAACACCAACUUUGGACCGCUAGUAUCCAAGCCACACUACGACAAGGUAAUGUCCUACAUGAAGCACGGCAUUGAAAGCGACAAGGCCAAGCUUCUCUACGGCGGUCUGGAGAAGCCCGCGUGGCUAUCGUCAUACUCGGACAAGGCCUACCACAACGGCUACUGGGUCCAGCCGACCGUCUUUACAGACUGCACCGACGACAUGAAGAUUGUGCAAGAAGAAAUCUUUGGCCCGGUCAUGUCAAUCUUGUCGUACAAGACGGUGGAAGAGGUUAUUCAAAGAGCAAACAACACGCCGCUUGGUCUCGCUGCAGGCGUCUUUACAAAGGAUAUCAACAUGGCGCACAAGGUGAUUGCCCGGCUAGAUGCAGGCAUCACAUGGAUCAACACAUGGGGCGAGAGUCCUGCAGAGAUGCCUGUUGGUGGAUGGAAGCAGAGCGGGGUUGGUGUGGAGAAUGGAAAGAAGGGUCUUGAGGCGUGGGUACGGAAUAAGAGUACAGUAGUGGAAAUGGGCGGUGUUGUUCCUACUGUAUUUUCAAAGCUAUAAUUCUGUAUCAUGAGCGACGAAAUUUCCUUUUAGAUAUCACAGUAUAUACAUAGUCU